UAUGAUCCCACAAAGAACCUCUGGGCUUUUUCGAGGCUCCACCCUCUGUGACUGACUGAUUUGCUUGGUGUCACUGUCAUGCCCAACAGGCGUUUUCUGUAAGUGAUGGGGAGUCCACUGGUCACGAAAGAGUUAAGCAACAGAGCGAGAUCUGAGUAGUCCGGGCAUGUGCUGCGAACUGCUGCAGUGAAGUCAAAAUGUGUCAAUUUUCAUUGGAUAGCAGAGAGAAAGCAAGAGAGGGAGAGCGAGAGUCUGGGGAAGAGAGCGAGUCCGACCGAAGCGACAGUGCUCGAAAACCUGCGGAAAGCUAGGACAUUUCCCUUUAUGUUAGCCUUUUAAACUGAAUACCUACGCUUCUUUCAUUUUCGGGAGAAUAAACAUCUACAGCUAAAGGACACAUUGACGCAGGGCUCUGUGGGACUCCACCAUCCCCCCAUCUCCAUCCGUCCCUUCUCUGCCAUAGAAGAGGGAGAACCGACACAGGGAUGGUGUCCGCGGAGAUCGCCCUGGCGGCCGCGGGUGCGUCAGCCCCCGAACCCCUGACGGCGCUGUACCGCUGGUACCUGUACGCCAUCCACGGCUACUUCUGCGAGGUGAUGUUCACCGCCGCCUGGGAGUUCGUGGUCCACUGCAACUGGAAGUUCCCCGGGGUCACCAGCGUGUGGGCACUCUUCAUCUACGGCACGUGCAUCCUGAUCGUGGAGCGCAUGUACCUGCGCCUGCGCGGCAGCUGCCCGGUCCUUCUCCGCUGCCUCAUCUACACGCUGUGGACGUACCUGUGGGAGUUCGGCACGGGCCUGCUCCUGCGCCAGUUCAACGCCUGCCCGUGGGACUACUCGCAGUUCCAGUACAACUUCAUGGGCCUGAUCACGGCCGAGUACGCCGUGCCCUGGUUCUGCGCCUCGUUCAUCGUGGAGCGGCUGGUCAUCCGCAACACGCUGCGGCUGUGCUUCCACGACCUGGGCGAGCCGGGCAGGGCAGGAGGAGGAGGAGGAGGAAGAGGAGGAGGAGGAGGGGAGCGUGGAGGCAGGGGGGCGAUGAGUGUGAACGGAUACGUGAAAGUGGACUGAAACGGGACGAGAUCGUGACGGCAGCAGGACUGCUCGUGUCUGACCUCUCCUGCCCGCCACUGGAAACGUACACACACACACACACACACUCACACACACACACAGAAAUACAUGGAAGAAAGCAUUUACACACACACACACACACACACACCACACACUCUCUAAAAACCUUACCCACACCAGACCUCACCCAACUAGCAAGCAGCACACCUCCUCCAUGACAUAUCAUACCUCUCUCUCUCUCUGAGGAGAGAGAGAGAGAGAGAAUAAGGAAAGGGAGGGAGGGAGGGAAAGAAAGAGGA